UGAAUAAAAUAAUAAAAACUACAUUGUUGAUUUGCUGAUUUGCAGCGACACCUUUGGUUUACUCACUCUUCCACAACAGAAUGCCCCUGCUUUCCGAGAAUCACCAGAAAUUAACUCUCUGGAACCGGGAAUGUAGCAUUGAGAGUCUGUCAUCACGUGGAAUAUAAUUUCGCGUGGAAUUUACAAGUACAGACUUGUCAAUGGGGAAAAAGAAAGACAUGAUCCACGAGAAGUUUCUUUCGGAUGGGGAUGAAUCUGCUGGGCACAGUGCACACAAGAAGAAGCACAAAAAGCACAAGAAGCACAAAAAAAAACACCACCAAGAAGGUGGUGGACACAGCUGCCCUUCAGAGGCACUGGAGUCAGAUUCUGGAGUUGUUAAACCUCAGCUGAAGCUGAAGAUCAAACUGGGGGGGCAGACCCUAGGAACUAAAAGUGUUCCAACAUUCACUGUAGUUCCUGAGGUGAACCAGUCUCCUUCCCCAUUAAUGAUAGUGGAUGAUGAAGAUGAACCUACAGAAGGAGUACCCAUUGAGCAGUACAGGGCCUGGCUUGAUGAAGACAGCAAUCUUGACCCCUUGCCUGAUGUGGACUCUGAGAGUCUCCUGGGAGUCCCAGAAGAUGAGGAGGAGAAGUGGCUGGAUGCCCUGGAAAAAGGGGAGCUAGAUGAUAAUGGGGAGUUGAAGAAGGAGAUUGACGAGUCUCUGCUCACUGCAAGACAAAAAGCCCUUUUGCAUAAGCAGCAGAGCCAGCCUCUCUUGGAGCUGCCAAUGGGUUACAAGGAGAAGGAAAUGACAGAGGAGAUGAUGCAGAAAAGGGAGGAAAGGGCUCGCAAACGGCGCCUGCAGGCAGCAAAGAAAGCAGAAGAAAACAAAAAUCAAACCAUUGAGAGACUAACCAAAACCAACAAAGCUAAAAUAAAAACAAUGCGGGAAAGAAAGUCCAAACAGUCCCAGAGUCCUAUGGUUAGAUAUAUUGAUUCCUUUAAAGGAACUACCAUAUCUUACCCCUAUGGCGUUGCUACACCUACUGUGGCGAAACCAUGCCCUUUACCCACAGCUGUGCCUUGUGGAGUUUCUGGAUGCCUCAAUGUGAAGAAAUACUCUUGUUCAAAGACUGGAAUUCCCCUCUGCAGUCUUGAAUGUUACAAAAAGAAUCUUCUCAUGCAAAGUUUGGAUUAAUAACACAUUUAUUGUAAUGGACACACAAUGUGCUUUCAGCUGUAUAUUAUUUUGCAAGGUAAACACGCUGCAGUACUUGUAAUAGGUUUCACAACAGAGAGAGACUGGACUUUUUUUUUUUUUCUUCAGAAAAUACAUACUUGAUACCUACCCAUUGCUGCAGGGUUUGUUCCUUUAACCUCCCAACCGGUGUUCCAAAAGGACAUUUAAUAUUUAUUUUUAGUGAGAUACUCAAUUAUGUAAUAAUAAACUUGUCAUUACAAAAUGUAUUUCAGAAUCACUGUAAGAAGGCUACCAAAAUAAAUAAUAGUAUAUUUAUAGGCAUGUUAUGUUUGGUCAAAGUUCAAUGUGGAAUAAGUGUUUUUAACUUAAAUUCCUACAUUUUGAGAAAAAAAAAAGAAAAAAAAGUGGUUAGUAAAACACACAAACUUAACAUUUGUGCAGAGUACUGUUUGGUUUAUAUUAUCACAUGCUAUCCAGAUUGUAUUUUUCCUAUACAGGGAAGGCACCAAGGGGGGUGCCAGCCCUGUAUAGGGAAAAUAUAAGCUGGAUAGCAUGUUAUAAAGCAAAAUUCAGAUUCCACAUUGAGAGGAGAUAAGUCUAUGACAAAUCAUUAAUAAAAGUAAAGUUAAACACAAAAAUCUAACUAAUAUGUGUUAUUUUUGGAAAAUUUACCAAUUACUACCAGUAAUAUCCCCCCAUUCAACCCCCUUUGUAGGGUCCCCGUUUCUCAUAGUAUGUGACAUUUUCUAAUCUGUGUUUCAUGGAUAGAGUCAUAUUGCAGUGCAGAUUGCUUUGUGUCAUUUCCCCUACAGGUUGUUUGCUUUAUUUAUUUAUGCAGGUAAAUGCAUGUGGCAAUUUUGCAGUUGAUUUGGUAACUAAUAGAAAGAAAAAUAAAAUAAAAAAAAAACCAUUGUGUCAAAGGGACUGUGACUUAUUUACCAGAGCUUAUACAUUUAUAUGUGCAAGAUUGCCCAGUCAGUUGAAAGCCCUUUUAUGCUGUGUCACACAGCAGUAUUAUUUAUUUAUUUGUGGUCAUAUAGAAGUGUAACAUGUAAUAGUGGUUAUUGUGAGCUGUUUGACUUGGGUAACCUUUUAUAAAACAACUUGGUGCCCCCGAAUUUUUACCAUUCACAUAUAUUCCUUUUUAGAAGAAAAGCUUAGUAAAGCUGGUUUCACAGACCUGGACAGGCACACAUCUUGGACUGUCUAAUGUAAUUUUGGUUAAGACAGUCCAAUAUUAUUGCUAACCGGAGCCUGAAACCAGCCAUAAGGGUUUUAGUAACAUACAUAUCCCAUCCAUAACUAAAACCUUCUCAAUGUCUUCAAUUGAUAUCAAACCCAACAUAUCCCCCUAUUUUCCAAGGCACUUUAUUAGUUCUUAUACUUUUUUUUUUUUUUUUACAAAAUUACAGAAAGACACAGAAUAAUAUAGAUAAUACAAAAAUAUAUCAACUCACAAAAAAGUAACAACAUUUUAGAUGGUUGCCUCCCGGACUUUAAUAAUCUUACAUAGAUUCUAUACUGAGAUUAGCGCUAACAUAUUUAUUGUUGAAAGUUGAAAAAUAUUAAGAGCUUUCAGUUGGAGUAUAUUUAGGGCUUCUGGUUUUUGGUUUUAAACGAUACAAACUUAUAAAACACCCCAGAUACAAAAGAAAAAAAGAAAAAGAAAUUGGUGUAUUGCCAAUAAAUACCACAAAAACACAGGAAAUGGUUACUCAGUUCUCAUUGACUUCACUGCCUUACUAAAAAGACAAAGAAAAAACAAACUACCUGCAGUUGGGCAAUGUCUUUCCUUCCUGACUUGUAUCUAACAUUGAUUUGUUCUCAAUACUUUAAACCCACUCCAGCUACUGAGCUGCAGCACAUUCCGGCAUUGGCAACUCCGCUUGCUAGAUUUAAAACGGAUUACAAUUAGAAGGCUUGUUUGCGGGAUUUAAAGACAUUACAGUUAUGGGGAGAAUUUAAAACAGAAUUGCAAAAUGUAAGAAAAUGUCUUGACACACAAAAACCCCAGGAGGGUGUGCCUGU